UUGAGGUCAUGAGUUUUUCUUUAGAGCUAGACUUGAGAUCAAGGUUUUGUUUGUUCUCUUUACAAAAUGCUCAACAUAUCCAUGGGCCAUUUCUUGUUGUUGUACCAUUAUCCACAUUGUCAAACUGGGCAAAAGAAUUUAGGAAGUGGCUACCUGAGAUGAAUAUUAUUGUAUAUGUUGGUACUCGUGCAAGUCGAGAGGUUUGUCAGCAGUAUGAAUUCUACAAUAACAAAAAUGUUGGCAGGCCAAUAAAGUUUAAUGCACUAUUGACUACAUAUGAAGUAGUUCUGAAAGAUAAAGCUGUCCUUUCAAAGAUCAAGUGGUGCUAUCUGAUGGUUGAUGAAGCACACAGGUUAACAAAUAGUGAAGCACAGUUGUAUACAACACUUUCGGAAUUUAGCACCAAGAACAAGUUGUUGAUUACUGGUACUCCAUUACAGAACAGUGUGGAAGAGUUGUGGGCCCUGCUUCAUUUCCUUGAUCCAGAUAAGUUCAGGAGUAAAGAUGAUUUUGUUCAGAAUUACAAGAAUCUUGGCUCUUUUAAUGAGAAUGAGCUUGCUAAUCUUCAUACGGAAUUAAGACCUCACAUUCUCCGAAGAGUUAUUAAGGAUGUAGAGAAAUCUUUGCCUCCAAAAAUUGAGCGAAUUCUUAGGGUUGAGAUGUCUCCACUUCAGAAACAGUACUAUAAGUGGAUAUUGGAACGCAACUUCCAUGACUUGAACAAAGGAGUUCGUGGGAAUCAGGUUUCACUUUUAAAUAUUGUGGUUGAGUUGAAGAAGUGCUGCAAUCACCCCUUCCUAUUUGAGAGUGCAGACCAUGGUUAUGGUGGCGACUCAAGAACCAAUGAUAGCAGUAAACUUGAGAGAAUUAUUUUGAGCAGUGGGAAGUUACUUAUACUCGAUAAGCUGCUUGUUAGGUUGCAUGACACAAAGCAUCGUGUUUUAAUUUUUUCCCAGAUGGUAAGAAUGUUGGAUAUACUAGCAGAAUAUAUGUCACAUAGAGGGUUUCAAUUUCAAAGGCUAGAUGGCAGCACUAAGGCUGAACUGUGUCAGCAAGUAAUGGAUCAUUUUAAUGCACCUGGUAGUGAUGAUUUCUGCUUCCUUCUUUCAACUCGGGCAGGUGGCCUAGGUAUCAACCUUGCAAUAAUAGAUACAGUUAUCAUAUUUGAUUCGGACUGGAACCCUCAAAAUGACCUACAGGUUUCAUUGAAAUGA